AUGGUUUCUCUCUUUGUAGCUACUGAAUGGGUAAAGGGAAAGCAAAUGGAGGAAGUUUUAUCCAUCAAAAACACUGAAAUUGCAAAGCAUCUUUCACUUCCACCAGUCAAGCUUCACUGCAGCAUGCUUGCUGAGGAUGCUAUAAAGGCAGCUGUUAAAGAUUAUGAAGCUAAGCGUGCCUCUGCAACUGCUAGCGGAGAGUCAACAACUGGACAGAAAACUGCCACUGCCUGAUUUCUUUAAUUUCUAGAAUGAUGAUGAAAACAACCUUUAGUGUGGUUUUCUGAUGGUGUUAACGAGUCAAUUGUUAUCAUUAGAACAUCUUGAAGCCAGACUGUUUCUUGGUUGGAACUAGUCAGCUAGAUUGUAUUGUCAUAAUGUAUGAAGCAAAUACUGGUGUGCUGGCUGUAAUUUGUUAUCUGCAAUCUGCAUGGUUUGUAAGAGUAAAAUCACGUCUUUAUUAAACUAUGUACAAAAUACAAUAAAGCAGAAUAUUUACAUGUUGGAACAUUUGGAAGUCCAUAGCUUCAUCUUUA